AUGUUCGUUCCUCUGCUGCUGGCGGCGCUGCCGACUCUAUUCCAUGCCGCGCUCACCUAUCGCGAGGCGGACAUUUCUUCUCUUUUGAAGUUAGAAGAUGUUAUAGCUACAAGAAUCCAAAAGAUCAAACCCAAGCACUCGAGACUAUCCUCGCUGAAGCCGGCACCAAUCCUGUUCGCCAAUGUUUGUGCGUCAAUGCUAGUAAUGCUUGGAUUCCAACGUGGAGCUGGCCAUGCGGGUCAAGGCGGUUGGUAUGAGUGUCUAUCUGGAUCUUCAUCUAAGCGACCAUGGGCGGAUCCUAGCGGUCCCUGA